CCUGAGAGUUGAACACAGCUCCCUCCACCCCGCCCUCGCCGCCCUCUAAUCUCAAAGCCCACAAGGUAAGAUCUGUGUCGCCUCUCCUGCUGCUCUGAAGGAGAUGCUCUCUCCUUGACGGGUCGAUUUUACACGGAGGAGACACACAACGUCCGCAGCUGCAGUCCAUCCGCUGUUCAUCCCUGCCAUUUCAUAUACACCUUGCCAUAUCACGAUCGGAGAGCGAAACAUUUUAAAAGUGAGUCCGAUGGCACGGUGGACAAUAAUUUUGUGGUCUUUAUACGGAGUUCUGCAUGGACAAGAGAUUCAGCUUCCUACUAUACAAAAGUGCUGUCAAGAUGGGAGGACACGGGCCCAGAAUGGACAAGUCUGUACAAUCCUCCCGCUCAUCUCCUCCUCCCACAUCUGCAUGAUCGCUCAGGAGCAGUGCUGUGCAGCAGCAGUAAGAGACCGACUCUGUGGCAACGGCAUCGAGAUGGCCAAGGGGCAAGGGGCCUGUGAGAGGCCUUUCUUCGAAGGAGAGCCCUGGGAAACCAAAAUCUCUAAGAUGUGUUGUGACUGCUGUAUGCUCGGCCUGAUGAUGGCAAGCCAGGAUUCGAACUGUGAGCUCCAGGGUUUGUUGCUGGGGAGACCGUGUGCGUACCCAGCUAAAACCUGCUGUGGCAAAAACACAACAGCGGAAACCAAACCAAGUACUAAUGUGACAGAAAAGCCUGAGGCCAGAGAUACUGUUACCGCCAUGCCUCUUGAGGGAUUGGACCCCUGUAGAGACUCCAAUUGCUCCCAGUUGUGUGUAGAUGAUGGUUUAUGUGCUUGCCUUGGUGGUUAUCAACUGCAAAACGAUGGAGUGACUUGUGAGGAUGUUAACGAGUGUUUGAAUGGCGGUCACAACUGCGUCCUCGGCCAAGUUUGCAUUAACACAGAGGGUUCCUUUCGCUGUCAGAGGGAAACCAGCUGUGGCACCGGGUAUGAACUCAAAGAUGACAACAAUUGCCAAGACAUUAACGAGUGUACUUUGGGGACCCAUAACUGUGGAGCAGAAUUUGUGUGCACCAACACAGAGGGCUCGUUCCGCUGCCACCCAAAGGAGAGGUGCUCAAGCGGUUUCAUUCAGGAUGCCGUCGGCAGCUGUAUUGACGUAAACGAGUGUGUGGCCCAUACCAGUCCAUGCCUGCCCGGCCAGACAUGUAUCAACACAGUGGGCUCCUACACCUGUCGCAGAAACAUAGUCACCUGUGGACGCGGCUAUCAUCUAACUGAGGACGGCACGCGUUGCGAAGAUGUGGAUGAGUGCCGUACAGGGAACGUGUGCGUCAACCAUGGUUGUAUCAACCUGAUAGGCUUUUACCGCUGUGAAUGCAGAACUGGCUUCAUCUUCAACAGUAUCACCAAACUGUGUGACGACAUCAAUGAGUGCAGGCAUUAUCCCGGGCGACUCUGCACCCACAAGUGUGAGAACACAGAGGGGUCCUACAAGUGCAGCUGCACCCUUGGCUUCAAGCUGUCCCAGGACAACAGAAACUGUGAAGAUGUCAAUGAGUGUGAAGCCAACCCUUGCAGCCAGGAGUGUGCAAAUGUCUAUGGCUCAUACCAGUGCUACUGUCGCCGUGGUUACCAGCUGAGUGACAUCGAUGGGAUAACAUGUGACGAUAUUGAUGAGUGUGCUCUGCCUACCGGAGGUAAUGUGUGUUCCUACCGCUGCUCCAACACCCCGGGAAGUUUUUACUGUACCUGCCCACCCACAGGCUACACACUUGCACACAAUGGACGCACAUGCCUAGACAUUGAUGAAUGUGCAGCUGGUAGACAUACCUGUUCUGUCUCUGAGAGCUGCUUCAACGUCCAGGGAGGAUUUCGCUGUCUGUCCUUUUCAUGUCCUCAAAACUUCCGGGUAGCAGCACAAGGAUCCAAACAAGAUGCUUCAGUCAAUCUGCGUUGUAGUAAGGCCUGCCAAGCUUAUGACAUCAACUGCAAUCGCGACACCUCCCACCUCAUCACCUACACCUCCAUCUCUCUACCAACCUUCAGAGACUUCAGUAAACCAGAAGAAAUAAUUUUCCUGCAGACAGUUACGGCGGCUAACCCUGCUCCUCUCCCCGAGGCUACCAGUGUUUUCUUUGACAUCCUGGCUGCAGAUGAACAGUUCUCUUUUGACGUGGAGAAGCGCUCCCACAAGGGCAUGAUUACGGGUGUGGUUCGGCAGGUGAAACCUAUCACUGGCCCCAGGGACUUUGAGUUGAAGGUGGCUAUGAACUAUGUCAAGUCAGGGGUCAUUUCCCAUAGCAACGCAGUCAUCAUCCAUGUCUUUAUCUCGGAGUUUUGGUUCUGAGCUGAGCUAAGGAGUGAACGAUACUCCAUCAGCAAUACAACACAUAACGUGGCAAAUAUAGUUUUUAAUAUCUGGAGGCGCCACACUUAUCUUGCUGAACAUUUAAAAACACCUCAAAUGUUAAUGCUGUUGCACGCAAGAUGAGAUAAUUUCAUUUGCAAAUGUUUUAGAUGGUAAUUAGGGUAAUUAGUUUACAAUAGGUCUUUGUAAUGUUUAACACAAUAUACACAUAUUAUUAUUAUUAUACCGGUAAGACAAGAACACAAAAAGGUACCCGACUUUGAUUUGAUUUUAUUAGGAACCCCAUUAGCUGAUGCAGAACAUCAGCUACUCUUCCUGGGGUCCACACAAAACAUAAAACAUUACAACAGAUAAGACGUUUUCAGACAAAAACAGCCACAUGAUAUAAAAAUAAGCAUUGAUCUUUCUUGCAAAUAUAACUAUACAUAUUCCUCUUCAUAUACUCUUAUAAAUAUUACACUAAAUACAUAAGCACUGAAUAUAGAAAAGUUAAAUCUUACAGCAUCUUUGUAUACAUAUAAAUAUUCUUAUACAUAAAAAGUACAAAAGUAGUUACAAAAUAUGGUUACAGGCUUAGGGCCCUUAGAUUUAGAUUAGAUUAGACUAAGAGCCAUGCUGGCAGCUCUGUACUUGGGCACAGUGGUGCUUUGAGCUUCAUGCUAAUUUAAGCAUGCUUACAUGCUCAUUUCCUCAUUUUAGUCAGUUAGCAUGCUAACAUUUGUAAUUUGCAGUAAAAACAAGCUGAGGGUGAUGUGGAUGUCAUUACUGUUUAUUCAUUAACCAAAGUAUUGGAAAAGGUGAAAAUUUGACCUGGUGGUGGCAUUGGAUGGUCAGGGGAUCUCCAAAGUUAUUAGGAUACACCAUGUGUCAACCAUAAAUGUCUGUACCCAAUUUUUGCCAAUCUAUCUGAUAGUUGUUGACAUAUAUAAAUGGUGGUGGACUGAUCAACCAACCAACAUCGUAAAACUUUAUAGAGCCACGUCGCUAACAUGGCUGAAAAGUUAUUUUUCACUCAUAAAAAUACUAAUUUCUCACUUGAUACCUCUACCCCAGAUGUGUUGAAAGUUACAUUUAAAAAAACAAAAAAAAAAGUAAUGUAAUAGAUAAACAGGGUGCCCUUAUCUCCCUAAUCUGUCUACCGUGUUUAACUUGAAUUCAGACUUUGUUGUCAUGAGUGCCACUAUAAUAGAAUGUUGGUUGACCUGUGGAACUGAUAUUUGCUCCAUUUCAUUUCGUUUUGACAGACCAGAUGUGACAUGCUUCAUUUGAUAAAAGCUUAAUCUACGCACUUGCUUUCAACAUUGAUUGUGUUUUGUACUAUAAGACUGUAACAACCAUCUGUGAAUAAUAAAGACUGUGCGGUUAA